UAAUGUGAGGACAGUCAGCAACAGCUGGAUCACACUGAGCACACAGACUAGAGCGAGAGACGUGAGAGUAGUUCAGUAGAAGUGGUUUUUAACAGCUUUGGACAACAUGCAUCUGCUUUGGAGAAGAAAUGUUUUUGACUUAUUUUUCAGUCUGUUUUUGAUUUAUCUCGAAUGCAACAGCAUAACAGGUGUUAAGAUUAUUGGUCAUGAUGCAUCAGUCAAAAAAGGAGGAAAUAUCACUUUGUCUUGUCAUCUGACUGAGACAGAGGAGAAUUUAACUCAUAUUGUCUGGCAGAAACAGACAAGAGAAAACCCUAAACAGGAAACCUUCUUAAUCAUUGACAAAGAUGGUAAAACUGAACACAAAAACGAUUUACUGGACAAGGUCAAAUUUAUUGGGAAUAUUAAAGAGAAGAAUGGAUCGGUUCAGCUGCUGGGAAUGACACUGAUGGAUGAUGGGAUCUAUACUUGUAUCUUCAUAUUUCCUAGUGGAAAAAAUCAGACAAACAUCAAUGUCACCGUACUUGUUCCUCCGGUGGGAAAUGUUACAGGGAAGACACAUGUUUCAGGUCCUUUCAACAUUAUUUUGGCAUCAUGUGUCGCUUCCAAUGGCCGGCCUGCAGCAGAGGUGUUUUGGAGAUUAGGAGCUCUGAAUGACUCACUGAGGACAGAAACCAGCUACACAGAGCAGACAGAUGGAAGCGUCACGGCUGUGUCCCACAUACUUGGUGCACCAUCUAAAGAUUUAAACCAGAAGAAGAUCCAGUGUGUGGUAAAACACAGCACACUGACAAAGGAGCUAGAACUUGACUACAUAAUAAAUGUCCACUAUCCCCCAGAAUUGGUGGUGAUAUCUCCUGAUGAUCCAACACAGACUCAAGAAUAUCUUUGUUCAGUGAAUUGUAACCCAACACCAACCAGCUACAUCUGGAUCAAAGUGAAUGGAAGUACUCCUCGUUCUGAAGGAAACAAGCUUUUCAUCCCAAAAUCUUCCUCUGAUUUUAAUGGUGUAUACAUCUGUACGGCAUCAAACCUGUAUGGAAGUGCUUCCGGUUUCCUCUAUGUGAAUAACACUGGAUCCACUGAUGACUGUUGGCUUCUUCUUGGUUUGGUCUUCAGCUGUGCCGUCCUGUGGAUUUCUCUGGCCUACAUAUUUGAGCAGUGGUGGAAAAAUGCCUCAUGUUCCACACUCAAGUAAAAGUACAGUAAAAGUAAACACUUUUAAUUAGGCAUCAUCAUAUGUAAACUCAUGGUAAAUGUCAGUCACAGUCAGACUGAGGUGCCGAGCAGUGCUGGGGAAGUUUACUUUUAUAUUCAUCCAUUUAGCAAAGUUUUUAUCCAAAGUGACUUACAAAAGAAAAACCAGACAUUCUGCCAUAUUCUGGAUCAUCUGCAGAGGUUUAGUCACCCUGGUUGGAAGACUCAGACUUGAAAUUACAAAAUUACAAGUUGUUCUGCAUAUUUGUGACCAAAACCAGUCUUAAGUCGCUGGGGUAUAUUUGUAG